CACACGCCCCUCCCCCUCCUGUCAGCCCUGUCUCCUGGUUAAUCCGCCUCUCGGUUUGCAGUCAUCAUGGCGGAAAUCAAAACGGGAAUCUUCGCGAAAAACGUGCAGAAACGGUUGAACCGCGCGCAGGAGAAGGUGCUGCAGAAACUGGGAAAAGCUGACGAGACCAAAGAUGAGCAGUUUGAGCAAGUGGUCAUCAAUUUCAGGAGACAGGAGUCUGAAGGCUCUCGGCUGCAGAGGGAGAUGAAGGCCUACAUGUCCGCCAUUAAAGGGAUGCAGCAGGCCUCCAUCAACCUGACUCAGUCUCUGCAUGAAGUCUACGAACCGGACUGGCACGGAAAAGAUGACGUCAUGGUCAUUGGGAAGGACUGUGAUGCAUUGUGGGAGGACUUUCAUAACAAGCUGGUGGACUCGACGCUGCUGGACCUUGACGCGUACCUGCAGCAGUUUCCAGACCUCAAAACUCGUGUGGCCAAAAGAAGUCGGAAACUCAUCGACUACGACAGCGCUCGUCAUCAUGUGGAGACUCUGCAGAUGUCAGGGAUGAAGAACGACCGUAAGAUAACAAAGGUGAGCUUGGUGAUCUGUGAUGAAACAUGGGUUUCAUACAGCAGCUGUUACCUGUGGUGUGUUCAGGUGCUGCUUGGAGGUCAGUUUGUUAAUCAGACUUGUUUCUGUUUGAAGGCAGAGGAAGAGUUGAAAAAGGCUCAGAAAGUGUUUGAUGAGUUGAACGUUGGUCUACAGGACGAACUGCCGACUCUGUGGGACAGCCGUGUCGGCUUCUACAUCACCACCUUUAAGAGUGUGACGCACCUGGAGACCAAAUUCCACCGUGAGAUUUCCCUGGUUUGUCGGCAGCUGUACGAAGUGAUGACCAAACUGAGUGAGCAGCACUCUGACAAAAUGUUCACCAUCCAAGGAGCGCCGAGCUGA